AUGGCCUAUCCAGCUUACUUGGCCAAGCUCCAGGCAAAGGCCAGCUGCCCCAUCUGCCUGGAUCACCUGAGAGACCCCGUGACCACUGAGUGUGGGCACAACUUCUGUCCCUCUUGCAUCCACCAGCGCUGGGAAGGUCUACAGGACACCUUUCCCUGUCCUGUCUGCCUCCACCACUGCCCUGACAGGAGCUUGAAGAGGAACCCCCAAAUAUGUCACAUGAUAGAGAUUGUCCAGCAGAUCCCCACCUCAGGGAGCCAGAGGAAACUGCAGGAAGAAAUACCCCUGUGUGGGAAGCACAAUGAGGCUCUGACCCUGUUCUGUGAGAAAAACAUGGAGCUUUUGUGUGCCCAGUGCAAGGUCUCCUCCGAGCACCAGGAUGGGCCCGUGAUCUCCAUUAAAGAAGCUGCCGCUAUUCACAGGAGCAUGCUCAAAGGGCACAUUGGUGUCUUCACUAAUAACCUUAAAAACGCCAAAAGUGAGUAUAAAAACCAAGUUGCAAAUACUUGGGAAGUGAAGAGAAAGAUGAAAAAAUGGAGGGAGGAAUUGGACUUGGAGUGUAAAGAACUUAAGUGUUUCUUGGAAAUAGAGCGACACAAAAUUGAUAACAAUCUACCUAUAGAAGAGAAGGAUGCUGAAGAAAAAUUAAUUGAAAAUGGGAGGCAAAUUUUAUACCAUAUGUUUAGGCUAAGCAAUCUGUUAAGUGAAAUAGAAGACAACUGUUUGCAGACAGACCUGGACUUACUCACGGAGAUUGAAAGGAUUCACAACAGCUAUGGAAACUUAGAGAUCCCAGCAGUGUUUUCAUGUGAAUUAAAGAAGGAGUUUUACAAUCUCCCCCCAAAUUAUUUGGGCCUGCAUAAAAUGAUCCGCAUGUUUCAGGUAGAUUUGACACUGAAUCCUCGAAUAGCCCAUCCAAGUCUCAAUAUCUCAAAAGAUAGAAAAAGUGUGACCUAUAGGAAAUCAGAUGGUCUUCCUAAUCACCACGCAUUUACUUCUUACCCAGCUGUCCUGAGUUCUGAUGGAUUUGAUGCUGGCAGGCAUUUUUGGGUGGUAAAAAUAAGAGGCACAGGUGAAUGUUUAUUAGGUUUCUGUAAAGAAUGUAUCCCCAGAGAUAUUCUCAUAUCAUCAUCCCCAAGCAAUGGAUGCUGGGAAUACCAGCAGAAGAAUCAAAUAUUCCGCCUUGUCUGUACAGGAGAAUAUCACAUUGGCAUUUUUCUGGACUAUGAGUUGGGAGAGGUUUCAUAUUAUAAUUUGAAUAACAGGUCAUUCUUGAAUGGAUUAAGUGAUACCUUCACAGAGAAACUCAUGCCUUAUUUCUCCAUUGCACCUUCUUCAGAAUCUCUUACAAUCAGUAUCAUCAGAGUCUAG